GAUAGAGAACUAAAGAUGGUGUUUGCAUUGGGAAGGGGCUUCCAACUUCUGCCAUGCUCUUCUUCUUCUUCUUCUUCUUCUUCUUCACCCUUCCACACCAGCGGCAUUGGCAAUUCCCUGUCAGGGGCUACAGUUGCAUUUUCCCCUGCUAAAAAGGGACACGUCGCUCGUUACUCCAGAGUCGCAGCUCGAGCCCAACCACGCCCGACAUGGCUUCCCGGCCUCAAUCCUCCCCCGUACUUGGACGGAAGCCUAGCUGGAGAUUUCGGGUUCGAUCCCCUGGGGUUGGGCGAGGACCCCGAAAACUUGAAGUGGUUUGUGCAGGCCGAGUUGGUUCAUGCUCGCUUCGCCAUGGCCGGAGUUGCUGGCAUCCUUGUCACCGAUUUGCUGCGGGUGACUGGAAUUAGCAAUUUGCCAGUGUGGUAUGAAGCGGGUGCCACAAAAUUUCCUUUUGCCAGCACAAGAACUCUGUUGAUUGUCCAAUUGAUUUUGAUGGGCUUCGUUGAAACCAAAAGGUACAUGGACUUCACUAAUCCAGGAUCCCAAGCCAAGGAGGGCUCCUUCUUUGGGCUGGAAGCUGCACUGGAAGGUCUAGAACCUGGAUACCCGGGAGGCCCUUUGUUGAAUCCUCUUGGCCUUGCCAAAGAUAUAAAGAAUGCUCAUGAAUGGAAGCUGAAGGAGAUCAAGAACGGACGGCUGGCAAUGGUAGCCAUGCUUGGCUUCUUUGUUCAAGCAUCUGUGACCCAUGUGGGCCCCAUCGACAACCUGCUACAGCACCUCUCCGAUCCAUGGCACACGACUAUAGUUCAGACUCUAGCCGGAUCUGCUUCUUGAAUCUACUUUUUCCAUUUCUACGUCUUCUCCUCUCAUUCAUGUCAAUUGGAAGCGUGCCGUUAAUGAUUGGUUGGGGUGUUAUUUUUAUGCACUGCAUCCACUUUUCAUAUGUUGCUGCCAUACCGAUCAAUGUAUAACAAAGGGUAUUUUCGUAAAAGAUUCUUUGUUUUGUGAGGGUAAGGAGGUCAUUUUAGCA